CGCGGCGGCACUUCCUACCCCUAGCUGUCCCGCCCGCUCCCUUUCUCCCCAUCCCCGGGGGCCAAAGGCUCUGGCUGCAGCCGGGCGGCCUGCGGGCCAGGUAGGAUUUCCGGGGGAAACUGCUGUGGAGUCUGAGGAGGCGGCGGCGGCGACCUGGAAACUGUACUCCACCUCCUAAACUGGUUAAUAGUGGCAUGGAAGAUCAAUUUGAAGAAGCAGACCAGCCCACUGCAGACCCAGGCAUGGUCAUGGACAGUGUGGAAGCAGGAGACACAACACCUCCCACCAAAAGAAAGAGCAAGUUCUCUGGCUUUGGCAAGAUCUUCAAGCCUUGGAAAUGGAGGAAAAAAAAAAGUAGUGAUAAAUUCAAAGAGACUUCAGAAGUUUUAGAGCGAAAAAUAUCUAUGCGAAAACCAAGAGAAGAGCUGGUUAAAAGAGGGGUUCUGUUGGAAGACCCUGAGCAGGAUGGUGAGGAUCCAGGAAAGUCGAGCCACACCAUGUUAAAGAAUGGCCAUACCACCCCCAUAGGGAGUGCCAGAUCUUCUAGUCCAGUCCACGUAGAGGAAGAGCCAGUAAGAAUAGCAAGUCUUAGGCAACCCAUUCCAGAAGAAGACCCAAAGAAGCGACUAGGUUCAACCGGAAGCCAGCCUAAUUCUGAAGCAGAGUCUGUUCCUGAGAAUGUACCCAAACAGCCUUUACUUCCUCCCAAAAGACCUUUGUCCUCUUCUCAUGAAGCAAGUGAAGGGCAAGCAAAGGAUACCACUUCCUCUGGCAGCACGGCAAGGUCCAUCUUCACUACCACCACCACAGCACCUGCUGCCACCACUGCUGCCACAAGCCUCGCAAAGACUGUUAAUUCCUCUGUGACCCCUUCCCCAGCACCCAGGACUCUGCCUACUGCUCCUGCCAGCACUAACACUACUGCUACCCCGAGCCUCACUCAUACAGUCCCUGCCAAGCAGCCCCCUGUCCCUCCCCCUAAACCAGCUCACAGAAAUAGCAACCCUGUCAUUGCUGAACUGUCCCAAGCAAUAAACAGUGGUACAUUGUUAUCAAAACCAUCCCCACCCUUACCACCUAAGAGAGGCAUUCCAUCAACCUUGGUACCCACCUCGGAGUCUGCUGCUGCCAUCACCACAAAAACACCAAGUGAUCAAAGAGAGAAGAGCAUGUACUCUGUAGGCUCUGAACCGCUGACGAUCAUCCCACCACCCUCUCCGUCCCCCCCACUGCCUAGUCAUAUACCUCCAGAGCCUCCACAUUCCCCUCCGUUCCCUACUAAGACUUUUCCAGUUGUGCCAGAAAUUGAGUUCCCACCAUCCUUAGAUCUACCCCAGGAAGUUCCCCAGCAGGAAGAUCAGAAAAAAGAAGUCCCCAAAAGGAUAUUGGACCAGAGCUUUGGGGAGCCCCAUAUACCUUCUAGACUGCCCCCACUCCCACUGCAUAUUCGAAUCCAGCAGGCCCUGACCAGCCCACUUCCCAUGACUCCUUCCUUGGAGGGCUCUCACAGAGCUCAUUCCCUGCUCUUCGAGAACAGCGACAACUUUUCUCAGGACAGCAGUACCCUGGGUCGGACCAGGUCACUUCCCAUCACUAUUGAAAUGCUGAAAGUUCCAGACGAUGAAGAAGAGGAGCAGAUCUGCCCAUCUGCAUUCAGUGAAGAUGUGGUGUCUACCUCAGUCAUUCCUAAGCUACCGCAAUGUCUGCAGGAGGAAGAAGAGAAGGAGAGUGACUCUGAUUCAGAGGGGCCCAUUCAGUACCGAGAUGAAGAGGACGAAGACGAAAGCCAUCAGAGUAAGAAGGGGAGAGAAAGGCGACUGAGUCAAAGACCAACACCAGAAGAACUGGAACAACGAAAUAUAUUACAACCUAAAAAUGAAGCUGAUCGUCAGGCAGAAAAACGGGAGAUUAAACGUCGCCUCACUAGAAAGCUCAGUCAAAGGCCAACUGUGGCUGAACUACUUGCCAGGAAGAUUCUGAGGUUUAAUGAAUAUGUCGAGGUAACGGAUGCUCAAGAUUAUGAUCGGCGAGCUGACAAACCUUGGACCAAACUGACCCCUGCUGACAAGGCUGCCAUAAGAAAAGAAUUAAAUGAAUUUAAAAGCUCAGAGAUGGAGGUUCAUGAAGAGAGCAAACAUUUUACACGCUACCAUCGUCCUUGAUGCCAAAAUUUGAAAGAUGAACUAAAACGACCCCCCAAACAGGGCUGCUUUGCCACUGCAGUCUCCAGAGUGACAUAUGGAGUGAACUUUAGCACUUCCCAGCACAGCCAGAAUUGCAUCCUCUGGGAUCUAGUUCUGGGGUGAACAGCACUUCUAUGAAUGUAGCAUUUCACUGGAACGGAUUCUCACGUGCUGCCCCUGGGGCAAAACUGAACAUUUGUUAGUGCUUUUGAACCUUUUGAUAACGCAGCAUACUCGAGGGAUUUUUCCCUCACCAGCCACCAAAGUUCUAGGCCAGUUGCAGGUUCCAGAUUUCAUUAGCUGCGCCACACCCUCUCCCCAAGAUGACUCCCUGUGCUGAGGCACAGUCUGCACCAUCAGCCUUACCUGCCCUGCCCUGGGUGUGAGACCUACUUAUGCAGGUGCUAAAUUCCAGCCAUUAAAUCCAAUUCGUGGGAGGAAAAACCUGGAGGCUCCCAACCUUCUGUUAAAGGGGUCCCCACCUCCAGGAAAAGCCUUCCUACCACACUGGCAUGUCAGAUGAAAGCAUUGCACUGUACCUCUUGUGACACAGCAAUAUAGUCUCAGGCACUCUAGCCCGAGAGGAAGCUCAGGAUCUGACACGUUCCUCAUUUCUUUCAUGCCAUCCUGAUUAUUAAAAAGUGAUCUUAAAGGAAUGGGAACUUCUGUUUUUCCUGUCUGUUAAGCAAUCUGAGCUACAACCAGAAUCCAUGUUGGUUAAAUGAGAAAGCAUAUAUAUUUUCUAUAUGCAAAAAUAAGAAAAGGCCUUAAUAUUAAUGCCAACUUGGCAGAAAACUGACUCAUGGCUUAAAGUUUGUAGGCUAUUGUCCUUUUAUUGUACCAAAUGAUAUUCUAAAUCAUCUUGACCAAUAAAUGUACUCUCCGUAAAGCAGAGUUGUAGCAGCUCUGUGGGAGCAUUUGUGAGCUGUCUGUCCCCACGCUUCCAGCCAGAAUCACAGCAAGAUCCUAAGGGAUGUGGGGCGCUAGAUAGGGAAAGGUCUUUGGAGAAGCAAGAAGGUGGCACGAUCGUGGUCCACUGCCCCCUCUUCUUCUCUGUGCCGUUUGCCCCCCCAUCCCUCUUCACUCCUGCACCCAUCCUCCUGCUCACCCCCUCUGGCGGCUUCCACCUCAUCACCCUCCUGUCCCACACUGUAGCCAGCGUAUUUGGUGCCUGGGCAUUGGCUCAGCACCCUCCCUUUCUGUGUUUGUAAUAUACAUUAAUAUGAUUUCCUAAAACAGAAGAUUUCGUUGCUUUGUUUGAAUUUUUAUUGAAAACCAUACAGCCUCACCAUUUCCCUCUAAUUCCCAUCCACACUAUAAGUAGAAGAAAAAAAUAGUUUUUAUUUAACUGAUGAAUGUAGCUUUUUGCCUUCACUUUAAUGUUCAAGAAAUUGUGGCUAUUUCAUGGAUCUCUUCUGAUUUAUUCUGUAGGUCCCUUCAUUUUUUCUGUUAUAUAAUCUUUCAGUAGGUUUUUCUCCUUUCACAUCCACAUAAGACUUACUGAAGAAGCGGAAUAUCAGAUCACAACAAAAAAUCCAAAGUGACCUUAAAAGGCAGUGUCUUCUCUCUGUUGAGGGAAAAGGGGGGGUUGGGAUUUCUCCGUUACUGUCAAAUGUUUAUGGCUAUGGAAAUAAUAACUAGAUCCACAUCUCCUUGAAGUUCAUUAACACUUGGGAUAACUGAGGGGAGAUAAGUGAUGAUUCUACUGAUGAUUCCUCUGUUAGAGGUCUGGAUAUAAGGUAGCCACACUUAAAUUGCUAACUUGACAACUUCUAACCAUUCUGUCUUGUCGGUUUGGAGACUGCUUAUGCCAGCAUUCUCUGUGGCCUGAGGUGACAUUUUCAAACCCUUCUUUCACUGCCUUUCUUACCCUGAAUGUGCCAAGCCUGAGACAGGAUUUGAUUUCCUGAGCUACUGGUCUGCCUUCCACGUGCCACCAAGGGAUCUGGUUAAUCUUUCAUCUCAUUCAGUGUUCUUUUGAAACAAGACACUUUGGGGGUCAAGUCUGUUCAGGUGUUUGUUUGUAUUGUAUAUAUAAAAAUGAAUUCUGUGUUCCCUUUCUAUGUAAGUACCAACUUACAUGGAAACUCACAAUCAUGUAGAGCAGAAAUAAAAGUCUGGUGUAUUGUACUUCAAGAUGUUUCCCUGAUGUACAGAAUCUCCUUGUAAAAUAAAUAAUUGCAUUGUAUAUCAGUCUUCCCAUCAAUAUUAAUUAUUAAAGUAUUUUAGAAUUUUAAAAUUCCAAACUAUA